AUCGGAAGUUUUGUGCUUUGUUGUUUUGCCACUGAAGAGGGGGUGGCUGUUGCUGUUUUUCCGUAAUAUUUAGUUUUUUUGUGCAGUAAGACAGAACGAUGGUUUGCGAAAAAUGUGAGAAAAAACUGGGCCGGGUGAUCACGCCGGAUACAUGGAAAGACGGGGCCAGAAACACAACGGAGAGUGGUGGGCGGAAGCUGAAUGAAAAUAAAGCUUUAACGUCCAAAAAAGCAAGAUUUGACCCCUAUGGAAAAUCCCGGUUUGCCAUUUGUCGCAUCUGUAAGAGUUCGGUCCAUCAGCCGGGUUCCAACUACUGCCAGGGCUGUGCUUACAAAAAAGGAAUCUGCGCCAUGUGCGGGAAGAAGGUUCUUGACACCAAAAACUACAAACAGACUUCCGUGUGAAGACCACUAUGAAUUUGGACACCCUGUGUUUUUCCACCGCUGAUGGUGGGAGCAGGAAUGAUUAACUCACUUGUGUGUCUGUUUUCAGGAGCACAUCCUCAACCACACACAGCUUGGCUGUCGAUAACCAGUAGGAGUCUUUGACCAUGUGUGGGCCAUAUAACCUGAAAUGUGUAUUUUUUAUUUUUUAAGUUAUUGCACGUUCCAGUGCUGUCAUUAAAAUCACUAUUUUACUAGUUCUACUUUGGUGGCAAAAAAUUAUAUAGUAGCAAAGCCUUCUCUUGUAAAUAAAUGCAAUAUGAAUGCUUGCACUGACCAGUACAGGCUACUGUUUAUAUUGAAUUAUGUUUGUAUGGUAGAUUUUCUGUGCACAGGAUUUCCCCAUUUGUAAAACCCCAGAAUUGUUAGGAAAUGUGAUCAUUCUGAAUAAAUCCCCUUUAGAAACUAAA